AUGUGGCAUCUGAGGAUGCGCAAUGCAUCUCAGGAACAUGAGCGCGUUGGCACACUGCUGGCCUGCCGGAGCUUGCCGCCUGGCGUCAUCGUCCUCACCAGUUCGCAGAUCAAGGUCGAGGCAAGUGCUUCGCACGGCGGCAGCAGCGGCGAAGCACUCGCCACCGCGGAAAGCCAGCGGCUCUUCGCGCUCGAGCUGAUCGACCAGACGCGCAAGCAUCAGCCGCGGCUCAACGCACAGCUCAUCCCCAUUCUCGAGGCAGCGAGCGGCAAAGACGGCUCCAAGGGCCGCGAGCGCUUCUGCGCGUACCUCAUCCGCCAAGCGGCGGCGGAGGCGGAGCAGGUGCUUCAGCUGCAGCGCCCGAGCUCGAGCCGUGGGCAGCAGCUCGCUGCCGCGCUGAAGGCCGUCCACAACAAGGGUGCAGCGGGCGGCCACGCGGCCCGCUUCGGCCUCGGCACACCAUCGAUCGCCGACAUGGUCGACGCGGGCUGCUCGGUGCUGCACGAGCCGUACCUGCUUGAGCAGUGCCAGCGCGGGAUCGACAACGCGUUGAGCAAGCUGCGCAAGGGAAAGAUGCGCCUCGGCCACGACUCGGUCAACGUCAUGGGCUUCCCCGACUUCACCGGCAGCUUGCGCGAGGGCGAAAUUUUCCUCGUGAUCGAUGGCAAGCAUUGCCAGCCGCUCGCGGUGGUGCGCGGGGCUGGCUCGCUGAGCGCUGCGGCGGGGGCAAGGGCAGGGCCGGUCUACCACCCGCCCGGGGUGCGUGCGAGCGACGUGCGAUCGGUGCGAUCCGUCUUUUGCCGCGAACUCUACGAGGAGCUCUUCGGCGACGGCCGUUCUGUCGACCUCGGCCGCGCGUCGGCCGUCUUCUUCUCGGUGCAUGGCGCGCAGCCGCUCGCCGACAUGCUCGCAGGCGGCGACUACGACGGCGACAAGUUCUACGUGAUCCAGGAGCGAGAGCUCCUCGAGCUCUUCCACGGUCAGGGAGGCUGCGGAGCGGACGCGGCGGCCCCGCUGCCAGCCGAAGCGCCAUCACUGGAGGCGGCGCCGCGCCUCGCGAGCGGCGCCGCUCUCGAGGCCGCGCUGCAGCAGGCCUUUCUCUCCGCGCGUCACGACGCGAGCACCGCGGUCGGCAUGGCGGAGGUCAACCACGCAGCCGCGGUCGACAAGUUUGGGAUCAACCACCCCAUCUCGGUUGAGCUCGGCGAGAUCUACUUGCAGCUGCUGGACGGCAAGGGCGACGGCCCAAAGCAGGCCGCGAAGGUCCGCACGCUCCAAGCCAAGAUCGGACCCCGCCCCCACUGGAUGCUCGCGCACCGGGGCGGUGACGCCACAAGGUACUUGACGCAGAGCACGUCGGCCCUCGCACAGCUUGCGACGUGCAGCCUGGGCGAGGCGCGGCUCGCCCUCGCGAGUGCAGGGCUCCAGCUCGACCCUCUGCUACGCCUCGAGCUGCACCGGUCGGAGAAGAUCAACGAGCUGGAGCUGCAGGCCAUGCGCAAGCGCAUGCAGGGGCUCUGGGUGAAGUACAAGGCACGUUUCAAAUCGCUGAAGAGGCAGCAGCAGCUCGAGGCGCGCGAGCGUGAGCGCGCCCAGCCGGCUACAGGGGGCGGAGGCGGCGGCGUGGCGAGCGAUGGCCGAGACGACGAGCGCGAGUGGCAGGAUAAGUACUUCGCGAUGGUAGCGCCGCUGCGCGAGACGCUGCUCGCGCCAUACGAGGCGCAGCGCGGCUCACGGUCGACCUCCGAGCCGCCCCGCCUCCUCGCCGAGGCGUGCGCGCUGUACGAGGUCGUCUACGAGGAGAAGCAGCGGGCGGCGCUCGGGCAGGAGGAGCCAAAGUACUUUACGACAUUCCCGUGGCACGUGUGCGGCGACAUGCUGCUCUUUGUGCGCAAGGCACGUGUUAGUCGGGCCAUCAACCCGUCGCAGGCGUUGUUCAGCAGUCUUGGCACGAGGGGUUGGGAAUAG